GGUUGCGACCGGUCGGCCCCACCGCCAGCGCACACGCCGCUCCGCACCGCCGACGUCGCGACGCACCCGUGUGCGAUACGCCGAACCGCACCGUCGCUGUCAUAAAACAUUUUCCUCCACAAAUUCGCGGCCUUAUCAAUGUGCUAAUAAUGUAUUAAUAAGUGCUACCGGACUUUACCAGUGAGUACGUACCGUGCCUAAUAUUGAUGCGUUGAAAGCUGUAAUUUGGAGCGUACUAUAUAUAAGGAUUCUGACCCAAAAGCGGUUAUUCAAACUGCUCGGGUGUGCGUCACACGCGGUAUGGAGACAGGGGCGGCGGUCGAGGAGUUCAUCACUAUAGUUCCGGUAGGCGAUAAUAAGCCUGCUGUGCAGGACUCUGCGUUCGUAACAGUGCUAACAGUGGGUGCUGCGGCUGGCGCCGCCAAAGUGACUGUAUGUAGACCACGCGGUGCACGUCUUGGAUUAGGACUUAAGUUUGAAGGUGGUUCUGCUGCCGCUGAGAGAGUGAGAAGACUUUUGGUACAAUCAUGUGCAGAAGAUAGCCCUGCUGCUAAGGCUUCUACGCCUUGGGGUAAACUUAUUCCUGGAGAUGAAAUCCUAGCUAUUGAUGGAAUAACUGUUUCCGAAUUGACAAGAAUUGAAUGUGUUCGUCGUCUAAAAGACUCAGAUGAAACUCUGGAACUUCUGGUACGACAUUUUGAAGUUGAAAAACCACUUGAGCUAAACAGAAUGGACCUAAAAGAAAAUGUAACAGAUAAUAAACAAAACUCCGAAAUAACAAGACCCAUGACAUUACCUCCGCCUGUUCCACCUCGGAAACUGGGAAAGAAAAACUCUUUCAAAGAUAAAUCUACUCUUCAAACUCUUGGCGAGCAAAAUACUCUACUCAACAUUGAUGCAUCUAAAGAAACUGAAAACGGCAAGGAUACGUUGCAUAGUUCUGUUACAACACAGCAUUCUGUUAUACCUAUGAUAAAUAAAUUAUCACGAAAAUCUUCCUUUGACAGUCACAUACAUAGGCAAAAUAAGGAAAGUAUUGCUUACUUAAGAAAAGGAUCACCUGAAGAAGUACGACGAUUAGUACGUAGACUAUCAGAUGGUAAAGCUAUACCUCCAGAGGCCGAAGUUUACAUAGAUUUGCUCUCUAAUGAAUGGGAACGUUGUCUCAUCUUAGCAGAUGCGGAGUCUGAUGACACUGGCAGUUCUAUUUCAACAGUUGUUGAUAGAUUAGGAUCAAUGGCAAGUUCUGUUGAAAAUAGUAUUCCAUCUACACCUAUAAUGCAGCCAAAGUCCAUAGAUAUUCAGAAAGUAUUAAAUAGUAUAGAAAACAUUGAUUCUGAUAUUCUAAAAGAUAUGACCAGCGCAAAACUCAUGGAAAUUGGUGACAAUUCUAGAAAAAGUGAGAAAAAACUACCAGAGAGCGGUAUGAAAAAUCAUGAAAUACCUAUUCAGAAUGCAGCUGGUGUAAUUGAAAAUACAAUAACAAAAAAGAUGGAACAGAAUGAUAAAAAUAAUAAUCUUACACAAAUUUCGAAACGUUACAAGGAAACAAACGAAUCUACGAAAAAAAAUGAUAAGCUUUCGAAGCAAGAAACUGUUUCGGAUAAACCUAAACCAAUGCCAAGGAAUACAAAAGUAGAACGAUCGGCUAGUGAGAAGAAACGUCGUCCAAUUCCCAUUCCAGAACUACUUUCAUCACCACUGUCCGAACCUCUUUUAACAGCAACAAAGAAAACAUGUAUUGAAUCUUGGUUGCAGAGAUCAGAAAUUGAAAUGAAUAACAAAUCGGAUGAUAAAGUAGAAGAGACCUCUGUACCAGAAGUACUUCCUCGCCUUAUUGAUUUUGUGCCUAAAACUCAAUACAAAGACAGCAGCAGCGACACUUCCACGUGCACACGACCAACAACAGCGCCACCACCGCCACCCGUAGAAACUAGAGAAGAUGGCUCUGGAGCAUCACUUGACACUAUAGGAGAGUUGGAUGAAUCUAGUGACGUCACCGACAGUGUGAAACCGACAACCGAUAACGAAUCGAAUAAACGAAAGCCGUUGUACGAAAGAAGUUUUUGGGAUGAUCGUGUCAGCAAAAGUGACGCCGAAGACAAAAGCCUUUCAAAUGAUGAAACUCCAUUGCCAUCCUGCCCACGGCAACCUCCUGAUGGCGUUGAGACACCUUCAGAUGUUAUUGAAAAAACUCCUGACUUACCUACUCGUCUACCACCACGGCUCUCGACUGGAACUGCCUGGAACAGCACUCCACAGCGUUCUCGGUUUUCUUAUUCAUCACGAACUCAAGAUGCAAGAAGUGAAGCUAGUGUAAAAGACAAGAUUGCUAUGUUUUCCACUGAUCUUGCUACGUCAUCGGAUCGUUUAGAUAAGUGUGGAACUUUACCAAUUAGAUCAAAUUCGACUUUAAGAAAGAAUUCAACUCCAUAUACAAAUGCAUACUCUGAAGUAUCAUCCCUAGACCGGCGCUUAACAAAAUCUCAAGACAACUUGGAUGAAACGCCGCGUUCGUAUAAACGAAACGCUGAUAGACCUGAAGUUCUAGGAGCUUUAGAAAACACAAUAACUGAAAAAAAUAUUAAGCGGUUUAAUCAACCAGAUAUAAUCAAUAAACCUCUAUUUUAUGGAAGCACUACUACAAUACCAUCAGAUGUAACGUUUACUCGUCCUUCGUAUCAUGUGCGAAGUAUUAGUGAUGACAACGGCAGCAAAAAUGCUUCAAAACAUAAAUCAAACUUAGAAUACUUGAUUGAGCAAAGGAAAAAAUCCAUGUCAAAACUGCGAGGUUUAGUUAUACCUGAAGUUCAAGCUCCUAUAGUUGAUUUGCCUGAGAUAAAAGUUUUAGAUUCGCUAUCAAAAACUUUCCUUUAUAACUCCUCCAAUAAAGAGACUAAAAAGGAAAUCAAUUUAAAUAAAUCCAAAUCUGUAACAUUAACAGAAAAUAAAUGGAAACCUAAUUUCAUACCGAAUAACAUUCCCAAAUAUUCUCCAGCAUUCAAACGAAAAUCAUUGCAAGUAUACAAUUCUUCUUUAUCAAAGGAAUCGACACCAGAACGUAAAUUAGGAGAAAUGGUAGAAGUAAUGAACAGAAACAAUAAUUACAGCAACUCUCCUGCUUUGAAACCAGUACGAAACACAUAUGAAUUUUCAAAAACCUCGUUUACAAAAUCAGGUUCAUUAUUUAAUAAGGACUUUUAUAAAAGUAAUAACACUAAUGGCAACAUACAGGACUUUAAAAAUGUUGAAAUUAAAAUAUGCACCACCACUGAUAUAGUAGAUAGUGACAAUGAUUCGGCCAUGAGCUCAACGCAAUCUAGUUAUCGUUCAUCAGCUUCUUCGCCUAUGCAUACCAUAGAAAAUAUAGAGUCAGAUAGUUCACGUCUCUCCCCAAGAAUUUCUCAUUACAAUACUUAUUCAAUUAUUAAAUGUGAAAUGCCCAAUAAAUGCAUUACUGAGAAGAAUUUUGAAGAUUACAAUAAGAGAAAGAUUUGCCGUUCUAUGUCUUCAGAUACAAAUAUAUCACUCAGCUCAUCAGCAGGCUCAGCAGCAACAUCAGGGUCACAAGCAAGUUGUAGUUCUCUAGAAAGUUCUGUCGCUGACUCAGACAAGAGAAAAGUUUCAAAAGUUUACAACGUGGAUACUAUUAAUAGGAGAAAUAUUGUUGCUUCGGCAAAAUGUAGGAGUGGAAGAGAUGUCAAGCUCAAAUCGCCGGUUGUUGAAACUAAAUUCUCGCAUGAGUCUCUUAACAGAUCUCCCAGUCCAACAAAUAAAACGUCUGAUCGCCUUUCUACACUCACAUCAUCAGUGAGUGCUUUAGCGACUAAAGGUGAAAACAGACGACGAAACAAAAUAUUUGUUGACAGUGAUUCUGACUCAGACAGUGAAGUAAACAUACGCCAGCGGAAAUCUGACUACAAAAAUACCCGAUUGAAACGCAAUUCAAGUUUAUCGAAUAAAAGCAAACAAAAUGAGAUAAAUCAAGAUGUAGAAAAAGCAGCAGAGGCACCAAAACCCGCUAACGAUGAAAUAGCAAAUGAAAUCAAUAAAGGCUGUCUAGAAUAUUGUGACAGCGUUAAACCCGUGUUUUUGCAAAAGAAAAAUAGUUUUGGUACCAGUCAAAGUAAUAAAGAAAUAAAACAAGUUGAAAAGCUCAUUGAAAACCGGAAUGGAGCUCUAUAUAGCGAGAAAAAUGAUCUUAAUAUUUCUGAUAGUGCAAAAAAAGCUAAAUUUGCAUCUAUUGUAACAAAAGAUGCUAAAAACAUCAGCAUACAUUCAAUAAAUCCUAAAAAUAAUGAAUUAUCUACGACCUUAACACAAACUUUCCGUCUUAUAAAAGGCGCCGGUACUGGUGUGGGUUUAAUAUUAGCUGGGGGUAUUGACUGUGAAGCUAAAGAUGUAACUGUACACCGAGUACUAGCAGAUAGUAUUGCUGCAAAAGCGGGAAUCAAAAGAGGAUCGAAAGUGACGAACAUAAAUGGCAAUUCAAUGUUAGGCUUGACACAUGCUCAGUCUGUUACUAUACUGAAGGAGCAGCGAUCAGAAGUUACAAUUGAAAUAGAAAAAGAAGUCCAACAAAAUGGAAAUCUUACAGCAUACGGCUCUGAACACGCGGAGUCGAACGGCGACCAAACUGAUGUAGCCACCAGAAAGGACGUUGACAAGAAAGGCCGUCCAGUAGUGACGGUCAUGUUAGAGAAAGCUGGUGGUGGAGCUGGUUUAGGUUUUGGCUUGGACGGAGGCCGAGACUCUCCUCAAGGCGAUCGUCCAUUAACAAUCAAAAAGCUCUUCGCAGGAGGUGCAGCAGCACAAAGCGGACGUAUCGUUGUUGGUGCAGAGCUCAUCUCCGCUGGUGGACAAUCUAUGGAAGGAUUUACAAGAACUCAAGCAUGGGCUGCUUUAAAAGCUUUGCCAGCUGGGCGAGUGGCCUUGGUUCUAAGAAACCCAAAUUCGUAAAAAAAAUAUGUAAACUACAGUCUAGUGCUUAAAAUAUUAUAGUUACUUAAGUAAUUACUUGAUUUUAAUUUAUUUCAUUGGGGAUUGAUUAAUGUGGCCGUCUCGCACGAAUUAAAAUUAUUCUUUUGUUUAAAACAUUUCUAAAGUAAGAUAUUACUUUAGAUGCCUAAAUGUGGAUUUGUGUAUCAUUUGCGUAGACAUUGCUAAAGGACUGAUUUAGGAGCGAAGGAGCUUUGAGGUUUUCGUUCAUUCUGAUGAUCUAUAAUAUUCAUUUUUUAGUCAGCAUUAGUAGAUGCAUUGUACAUAGUAUUUUAGUAAUGGUUUAAUUGACAAAUACCGUCUUACACAUAGCAUUAAUGCUAUAAAGACUAUAAAAAACAAUUUGUUAAAAAACUAUUAUAAUUUAUUGAUUUGGAAAUGUUUAUACUAGUCCCGGAGGCAAAUGCGAAGUUUGUAGAUAUGUUAUACUUUAUAAUUGUAUGCGGCUUACAUAUUUUUAUGUCGAUUUUAAUUUGGAAUCUGAUGUAUUGUAACAACAUGAUUUUUGUUAUUGCGUGCCAUUUUAAAUUUAUGUCGAAAGUUCUGCAAUUUUGAGCAUUUUAUAAAAUUGUUUAAAAUGUAUUUUUUGUAAUAAUAUACAGUAUACACCUUGAAAUAGCAAUACAUAUCCGUGAAUUUCAUGUUCUUAGUCUAGUUAACUUACAAAGUAACCUAUUUUUUUUAAACAUCUAAAAUACUUUUACAAAACAUAGUUUUAGUAAAUGCAUGUGAAUAGGUAAGUGAGAUAAUAAAUGCCCUUUUAUUGCUUUGUUGUAGACGUACAUUCAAAUUUUUAAGUUAACAUGUACAACAUCUUCUGUCGUGUUAUAUAAGAUAUAUCCCGGUUACUUGCCAUGAAUAUUUUUUAUUAGCCUUACCACUAAUUAUAUCAUUUUACAGUUAGGUUAAUAUGUUUGUAAAUAGCUUCGAUUGUUUGUUGUAUUAUUAAUAAAAUUUAAUAUUUUUUUACUACAUCAUAGUAACUAUAUGCCUUUUUAUAAUAAAAUUUCAUUAAUAUCGUCAUCAGUUCAUAGA